AUGGAUCUACGUGACAGCAGACUGGAAGGGUUGGAGGAGGAAAGUCAGCUGGAUAAAAUUACAGAUCAGGAGCAGACAUUUGAAGAUCCAGGCUCUGAAUAUUGGUGGACUGGGUUGUCUGCUAACAGUGGACAAAAUGCCUUCAGUUGGACUGAUGGAUCAGCUUUUGAUUACGAGAACUGAGAAAAUGGAGUUUACCAAAUGCCUGGCAAAAAUUGCAUACAGAUGUCUUCUGUGACUGGUGAGUGGAAGGCAGGAAGCUGUACAGAUCUCCAUGGUUACGUGUGUAAGUGCAGGGCAGUGGCUGUAGUGGAGGUCCCACGUGAGCCUCAUUAUAUCGCCAGCAGCCCAGAGAACUGGUUUUACUAUGGAAACAAGUGUCUGUUUCUGCAUCUCCCAGCCCGCCUGUCCAUGUGCUCAUCCCAACAGGCCACUCUAGUUUCUAUAGAGAAUGAAAUCACAGUGAUUUUAGAUGCCUACAUCGUCACGCUGCUUCACGGCCAAUCAGCAGGGGUUUGGAUUGGGACACGGGGUGUCUUAUCUCACAAAUGGACCAAUGGGAAGCCCCUCAUCUAUAGUAACUGGGAGACAUCACCCAAUUAAAUUCAUGAAGAACCUUCCUGUACAUACCUGUCCAACAGUCACAACUUCCAUGUGACGGGGGUAUGGCAAGAUGAGUUCUGUACCGAAAAUGUAUACGGCUUUGUCUGCCAAAAACAAGAAGACCCCACCAAACGUCCCACCCCCCAUUAUACCUCUGCCUCUUUGGAUUCAUCUGAGUAUAAGAACCAAUACAUGAUCAUCCAUGGCAACUUGAGAUGGUGCACAGCUCAGAGGGACUGUUCAGAGAAGGGGCAGCACUUGUUGGGAGCUUCAUACUGGAUCAGCCUCUACAGUACAAAUGAUGGUAUAUCUUACCAGUGGUCAGAUGGCACUGAGGGCUUGUUCACUCACUGGGAGGUGUCUAAUUAUUUCCCAGAGGGGCCAAUGUGAUAAAAUAGUUUGUGUGCAUGGAUGUAAAUGGAAUGUUGCCUGCCGUUAUCAGGAGUAAUAUGCUAUAUUCCUCCCUCAUGUGAGUCCAUUUCUUUUUUAUUUAUGCCUUAGUGUCCUGAGACCUGGGUGAAGUUUCAGGGGAGCUACUAUAAUUUUAAAUCAGUUAUGUUGGAGAUGGCCUUGGAAGAAGCUCAUUGUAAAAAGAAUGGGAAUUCUUCUGAAGUUUUGACAGUUCAGGAUGAGGAGGAGCUUAGUUUCUUCCUUAAAGAGAUGUGA